GCUCUAUAUAAAGUUGAGGAGAUCUCAGUAGCACCUUGUAGAAGCAACGAUUGACAAAAUGAUCAAGCAGAGUCUCAAGAUGGGCUUCCUCUCGGCCAUUCUUCUCCUGGCAGCAUCAGAACUAUCGGCGCAAGAAACAACCACAGAUCCUGCGCUGAGCAACUCAUCCCCGACCACUCGGCUUGAAAACGGCAACAUGGAGGACUUUCGGCUCCUGGGCUCGCACAGGCCAUGUGGAGGUACAGACCAGCACUACUGUCUCAAUGGCGGCACAUGCAUCUACCCCCAAGACAACACAGAACCCUUUUGCAUCUGCCCAGCCGGCUUCAGUAGGAAUCGCUGCCACUUUGACCAUGAGCUCGAAACCUUGCUUUCUCGUUAUCGUUAUCACCUUGCUGCUGAGCAUUUGAUUGCCAUCAGCUGUGCGGCGGCCAUCCUCAUUUUCAGCCUGGCCUUCCUCAUCUGUUGUAUCGUCCGCAAGAGGUGUGUAAAGUCAACAAAACUAAUGGAAUCCAAUCCAUCUGAGAUAACGGUGUGACAUCUGCCCCCGAAAGGGUCUUCGACCAUCUUCAUCAUUUUUGACGUCCCCGCUUCCACUUGUAAUAGAGUAUUUUGAUAGACAGCAGGAAAAAAAGCUGUUUUGCACCUUUAAUGUUUUCUACCAAGCACGAAACAAUCAACAGAAAAACAAUUAUCCUUUAAACGACACAACGUGACUAUUUAUUAUUUUGUAUAAUCUAACUUAUUUUGUGGGUUUAUUU